CCUCAUCCUCUCAAUUAAUAUAUCUCCACCUUCUUUGUUUUAGCUCCAAUAAGAAAAAUGAAUAUUCCUAAAAGCAUAUAUUUCCCUCUUUCCAUAGCAAUUGUGGCCAUUUUGGCAUCAAUUUCCUUUAAGAUAUUUGAUCGUUUAACUUUGGAGGAAUUAUCAUCUCCUAUUAUCUCAAGAAUAAUUCACAGCAAUAUUCAACGAGGUCAUCAUCGUCAUCACCGUGAUGACAAAAAACAAUCAAUAUGUGACAAUUUCUCCCCAAAUUUCCCAACUAUAGAUCCUACUACAACCUCCAUUCUCUGUGUUGAUCAUAAUGGUUGCUGCAAUUUCACUGCAGUUCAAGCUGCUGUUGAUUCAGUUGGGAAUUUCAGCGCGACAAGGACCUUGAUUUGGAUAAACAGUGGCAUAUAUUUUGAAAAGGUCAUUAUUCCAAAAAACAAACCUAAUAUCACCUUUCAAGGGCAAGGGUAUACUUCAACAGCUAUUGUAUAUAAUGACAAUGCCAAUUCUUCACGUGGUACAUUUUACAGUGGCUCUGUCCAAGUAUUUUCCACCAACUUCAUCGCUAAGAAUAUAAGUUUCAUGAAUGUAGCUCCGAUUCCAGGGCCGGGGGCGGUAGGAGCACAAGCAGUGGCCAUUAGGAUAGGAGGAGACCAAGCUGCCUUCUGGGGUUGUGGAUUUUUUGGAGCUCAGGAUACCCUCCAUGACGAUAGGGGUCGCCAUUACUUCAAGGAAUGUUAUAUUCAAGGUUCCAUCGACUUCGUUUUUGGCAAUGGCAAAUCACUUUAUGAGAACUGCCAGUUAAUAUCAAUGGCGAGUCCAGGAUCGAGGUCGAUAAAUGGAGCAGUGACAGCACACGGCAGAGGUUCCAAAGAGGAAGACAGUGGAUUUGCGUUCGUAAACUGCAAUGUGGGAGGAAGUGGUAGGAUUUGGUUAGGCAGAGCAUGGAGGCCUUUCUCAACUGUAGUGUUUGCCAACACUUUUAUGACUGAUAUUAUCUCUCCAGACGGCUGGAGCGACCUCAAUGACCCUUCAAGAGACCAAAUGAGCACAGGACAAUCUUCUAUGGGGAGUAUAAUUGCUCAGGAGCAGGAUCAAAUAUGUCGCAGAGAGCACCAUAUGUUCAAAAGCUUAACGACACCCAAGCUCUUCCUUUCCUCAGCUCGUCUUUCAUUGAUGCUGAUCAAUGGCUACAGUCUUUCUCUAACUAGAAUAAUAUUCUUCUUUCAUAGACAUCAUUCUUCAAAUUAUUCUUUCUUAUUUUUAACUUGAUGUACGUACGAAUAUAUUACUUACUUUGCCUAAUAAUGUAUGCAUCAAACUGUAUUAUUUUCUGUAUACAGUGAUUUCUCCACAUUUCUUCAUCACGUGAAGAAGAUAUUGUUGUUGUAAUGUACAUUGUAUAUCAUUCUUUAGUAGAACAAAAUGAAUAUUCUAUUUAUAUU